GCCGGUGGAAUGCGCGCCCCCGGCCUAUGAGUCCGCCGCUAAUUGGAGUUGACCUGCUGAUGGAGACGGGAAAAUGGAAACAGUCUGAGCUUUAAGUGUAAUGUGUGAAUUAUCCCCAUGAGUGUGUGUGCUGGGCGGAGGUUCCUGUGAUGGAGUGAUGAAGGUCUGCGCACCUGCCGCCUCCUCUUCCUCAUAGUCUCAUCUUCUGGUUCUUCAUCAUGAGUCCACGUCGCUUUUCCACUUGGACCAACUUCAUCUUCCUCUGAGGCUGUUGGAUGCGUUCACUGCCCAUCGUUUUGUGGCGGAUCGGAUUUUUGUGCGUGAGGAUUUGGUUCAUUUUUACGCACAGAAGACGCAAACAUCCCGCUCUCUCCAUCCUAACUCACUCCUCUUCCCUGGGUUAUCUGAUUUUGUCCUUUUAUUUCUGUUCAUCUGCCUGUUUUUUUACUCUGUUGGAUUGUACCCGAACAUUUCCCGGUGGUUUACAUGUAGCGGGGACAGAGGCUCUGUAUUUGUGAGGAUCCCAUCAGAGGCUUAUAUAAGAGGAGUCGUCAUGUAUGCGGGACGCAAGAGGAGAAAACCCGUUCAGAGGACGGUGAAGCAGGCGCCCACUGAAGGGGCCAAGUCCAAUCCGUCCAAACGGCACCGGGACCGUCUGAACGGCGAGCUGGAGCGCCUGGCCAGCCUCCUGCCGUUCCCCGAGGAGGUGACCGCCAGCCUGGACAAACUGUCCAUCCUCCGCCUCAGCGUCAGCUACCUGCGCGCCAAGAACUUCUUCUCAGUCACUCUCAACAGUCGGAAUGGAGUGAAUCCAGCUGCAAAAGAUGAAGACGGGAAAUCAGCAGGGACACUGGAGACCAGGAUUCCUGAAGGUGAACUGUUACUGCAGGCUCUCAACGGGUUCAUCCUGGUCAUCACAGCCAGUGGAACCAUCUUCUACUCAUCUCACACCAUCCAGGACUACCUGGGCUUCCAUCAGACUGAUGUGAUGCACCAGAGCGUCUAUGAACUGGUCCACACCGAGGACCAGCAGGAGCUCCGCAGGAACCUGCACUGGGCCUUGAAUCCUCCUCCUGCUGCUUCAUCGUCCAUAAACCAGGACUCCCCGAACGACAUGGAGCCUGACAGCAGUUCGUCUCUCGUCACCUACAACCCUGAACAGCUUCCACCAGAGAACUCGUCUUUUCUGGAGAGGAGCUUCGUCUGUCGCUUCCGUUGCCUCCUGGACAACUCCUCUGGUUUCCUGGCUUUGAACCUUCAGGGUCGGCUGAAGUUUCUUCACGGCCAAAACCACCGGGAAGAAAACGGAGGGAAGACGCCGCUACAGCUGGCUCUGUUCGCCAUCGCCACGCCUCUGCAGCCUCCGUCCAUCCUGGAGAUCAGGACCAAGAACAUGAUUUUCAGAACCAAACACAAGCUGGACUUCACCCCCAUGGCCUGUGACGCAAAAGGAAAGAUCGUCCUGGGUUACACCGAGGCUGAGCUCCGGGUACGAGGAUCCGGGUACCAGUUUAUCCACGCUGCAGACAUGUUGUACUGUGCAGAAAACCACGUCAGAAUGAUAAAGACCGGAGAAAGUGGUCUGACCGUGUUCAGGCUUCUGACCAAGGAGAACCGCUGGAAAUGGGUCCAGGCCAACGCCCGGCUGGUCUACAAGAACGGAAAACCAGACUAUAUCAUCGCCACGCAGAGACCGCUGCUGGAUGAGGAGGGAGGAGAACAUUUACGUAAACGUUCCAUGCAUCUCCCCUUCACUUAUGCCACCGGUGAGGCUCUGCUCUACCAGUCCAACCACCCCAUCGCCACCUUUGGAGACGGAAGCAUUGAGAAGAACGGCAGUAAAUCGAAGAGGAACCGGACUGAGAGGCUGGUCAGGGACGGGCUGGACCCUGGUUCCCUCCUGGGGGCCCUCAUGAGUCAGGAUGAGUCGGUGUACGUUUGCCAACCGGCCCUUGAGCCCAAGUUAUCGUUCCAUAGCAGCUUCUUUGGAGACCAGCUGGGCUUCUCAGAGUCCAAACCCACCGGUCUGCACAGGAACUGGGAUGCAUCCAACAGCACCGUGGUGCCAGGCGUCUCAGAACCAGCCACCAACUUCGACCCACUGCUGGCCACUCUGGACUCCCUGUCCCUGGAAAACCAAGGUGUUGGGGAUCCCGAAGAGGCCGGAUGUUCCAACGGCGAGCUGUUUGGUGCUCUUGAAGGGCUGGGACUGAGCGCUGAGGACCUGGAGCUGCUGCUUCUGGAUGAACGGAUGAUCAGGGUUGAGAUGGACCCGGAGCACGUGCCCACAUUGGACGACCUGCUGACCAACGAUGAGAUCCUCUCAUACAUCUACGACUCCAUAGAGGGAAAGAACAACUCGACAGAUCAUGGAGGACAGGUGCCUCCAAGUAACCCCUCAGAGACCUCCUCAUCAGCCCCUGAAAGUAACCCCAUCUCUGAUAAUAAUGUGCAAAUGCAGUUUCCCCAUCAUAAGCCCCCCCUGGUUGGACAGGCUCCCAUCAUUCAGCUCUCCCAGCAGAUGCAACAACACCUUCACAUGCGAUCGCAUAAAGUAAUGAACGACUGGGGCCAGCAGAACAACCACUUGGCUAAUACGAUAGUCAACGGAGAUCUGCUAGCGUCGAAUCAGUCUGUCCCCAACGGGCAGUGGACAGCCCAAGACAUUCUCACUAAUGCAGGGAUACAACUGGACCCUUUUAAAACACAACAGACUCUUUUUAACGGCAAGGCCUCACAACUGGAAGGGGAACUCCAGCAGCAGCAGCACCACUACCUUCAGCAGCAGUGCCACACCAAACAGAAGGCGUCCAACCUCAACGGACUGUGCGGCAUCUCCAGCACCAAGCAUCCAGCUGGGAAAUCAGCUUGGCAGGACUAUGGGUUCAGCAACAGCGCCUGCCUUGACAACAGCCAAAAACCUCUUACAAACACCUCACUAGAUUCUUGCAUGGAUUAUAGCAUGCCUGACAUUGACAAUGUGGAUUACUCUGUUAGUGGGAGUGGCUUGUUGGGGAGGAGUGGGCAGCAGCAUGGAGGCGAGUCCACGGUUUCCUCGUUCCAGGGGAUGAACCACAAACUACAGCCGGAUCAGAUCCCGGUUCCUUUAGCUCAGGUCAUCUCCAGCCUGUCACAGUGUCCACCGCCCAACGCCUCCCUGGAGCACAUCCUGGGCGUGGCCAAGCCCUGCAGGCAGCUAGACCACUACGGCAUGGUGACCCCCGAGAUCCCCCAUGACCCAGGUCAUAGCAAGAUGGAGAACGGCUGCAUCCUGAACAGUUCUUACCCAGGAGGCUGUGCUCUGCCCAACGGUAAUGGAGUAGUGCCCCCUGCCGUCCAGAUACCCGGCCCCGACGCCCUGUCCGGCCUCCCCGACCCCCCCGCCACCGGCUUCUACCUCUGACCCACCGUUCACGGCCAGAAACGGACCACCACUGGACCAGCCUUAUGUAGAACCAGAACCAGAACCACAGAAACAGAGCAGACGUAGGCCUGGAUGUUCGCACUGGUUCAAUUUGACCUUUUCUUUUCUUCUAUUGUUUUUUUUUUCUUUUUUUCAGGGUGGGAGGGUCAGAAACGUGUUGUCAUAUUAUCAUAUGAGUCCUUUGUUUACAAUGAUGCAGUUAAAUGUGCUCGGUUGAGUUUAUUAUAGAAGUUUUUACAGAUGACUUGAACAAAUACAAAUACGUUCAGAUACAAAGUGAAGCAAAAUCACAGACUCUGUUUUAUAUUUCUGUCUUCAUGUGGAGAUGGAGCUACAUUUUCUACAACGCUAAAAGUAAAACUCAUUGGAAGGAAGGAAAUAUGGAUAAAUAACCCGAUAAACCGUUCAUAGAGUCAGGUUGUAUAUAAGACAUCCUGUAUAAUAAUUUAAUUCUUACAUGGUUUAGGCACAAAACAUUUAAAAAUCUGAUUAAAAACAACAGAACAGAUCAACAACAGAUCUCUCUUUAUGCAAAGAGAGAUGCACUAAACUGUCGAAAUACUCAUGAAAAAACACCUCUAUUAGAUAUAAUCUCAGGUAAAUGUUGUGUUAUUGUGGUUUAAGUAGGUGAUAAAUAAGAUACUCUUACAAAAAGACAUUUUUUCCUGGUUAAAUGAAGAUUAAAUUUUUUUUAAAAAUCUUGGUGAAUUAAAGGUGAAAAUUAAAAAUUAAAGCUGAGUUUUAACUUUAAUUACUGCAUUUAUAGCCCCUAAACCUACCAUGUAUCUGGCUUUUUUAGAGCUGUUUUUAUUGAACUACCGAAUAUUAAAUGAGUAAAAUACAUGACAAUGAUAUUUUACAUAAUAUAUGAGUUAAUUUGCUGAUUAAAAUAGAAGAGACAACAUGAACGAUGACAACAACAUAAGAGAUUCCAAUGACCAUUAGAGUAAUUAAACAGUGAAGCAAUAGUACUUUGACUUAAAGUAUCCAAGUACUUCUUCCACUACUGAUGAGUACUGUAUUUUACUUUAAAUGCAGAGGUAUUAACCUGAACACAGGUGCACAUUUCAGGAGAAUUCCAGGUUUGGUUUCUGGGUUUCUGGGUAUGAACAUGAAUUAUAGAUUCAUAUAAAACACUACAGAUAUACUUUUAUCUGCAACAAGGUUUUUAUUCUGCAAUAAAUAUGAUCAUUUAAAUGUGUUUUGAGGCUGUAAUAUCCCUGAAAAUAAUCCCCAACUGCAGAUAUAGCUGUAGAAAAUACUGAAUAUGAGCAUAAAUGGACGUAAUCAGGCCUUCGAGUGUGUCAGGUCUGAUUCUUGUGUUUUCUUAUGUAUUUACAGCAGCAGAAAAAAUA